AUGGAGGGUCCACGAGUUGUGCUACUCAUUGUAUUACUGCUCUUCAUCUUCUUGACGCCCGAGCAACCCGCGCGAAGAUUCCGGCAGUUCGAGGCUGACUCCAUAAAAGAACAACAGCAGGCUGAAGCAGACGUAUUGGCCAACUCAUCAUACGGCCAACUCAACCCCAAAUCCCAUAGCUGGCUGAAUCUCACCGGCUUUCGAAAAGCCGACGGCUAUCAAUGGGACUCUCUGGCUCUCGCUCAACAGCUCAGUCGGAGCCAAUUCGAAACCAACUGGAAAGGAAUUGACCCAACCGCAGACUUACCGAUCUACGAGCGAGUCACUGGCGGACUUCGAGGCCAGUUUCUUAGAAAUGACAUCCCAAGCAUCUCGCCUGCGCUCAACCUGACAGCCGUAGAUCCAAAAAAGGACUACCUCUCGGACUGGUUUGAGAGGAAUGUUACCGAACCGAAAGGCGAAGUCAGCCUAUCUCUGUUUGACUCUCAAGAUCGACUGAGUCAUGAAGGCGCUGCUAUCAAAGCAGAACUCGCCCUGUCGACCGACUCAUCUCCCGGGAAUGGGUGGCAAGCAAAAUUGCAAGGAGUCCAUUUCCCAUCCGGCAUGAUCAUCAUGACUACCACCAGCUCCAAGUUCGAUGCCUUACCAGCCCUUCCUCACUUCGCACCCGACGCUGCUUCAUUCGACCUGUCAAUACCUGUCAUGAACGAGACUGUGCACAGUAACUGGGAGAAGGUCUUUGAUGAUGGAGCUGAUGGCCUAGCCUUCGCGCCCCAAUGUGAACUCAUCAUCUGGAUGCAGCCGAUUCCGUAUCGCUUUCGGGAUACCGACAACCUCAAAGCGACCGACUUUAUACAUCGAGUCGAACAAGAGCUUGUUCGGCCAGAGGGCGCUCCAGUAGGUCAACCUCCAUUGCUCGCCUACUCAGCCGUCAUUUUCUCGCCCGACUGCGGCUACAUUCUGCUAUCUCCGACCAUCUCGGGACCCAAGAUUGAGGCAUAUUGGACCCUCGCUCAGCGUUUGCUGUUCGCCUUUGUGCUGUCCAUUGGGCUACAAAUUGCGCUUCUCAAACGGCAAAUGGAGAAAGCCGCCACUCCCUCAACUCGAAGUCGAAUUGCUUACCAAAGUAUUGUCAUUGCUGCGCUAGGAGAUGGGCUACUUCUUUUCGCUCUUAUUGCUCUGCUCAUGGUAGAUGCAUCGGCUUUCCUGAUGGUCGCGGCCGCCGCAUAUCUGUCCUGCGUCCACGUUGCCUUCUUGGAGGUGAAAUUCGUCUUCGAUAUAUGGACAGUACAGGUCGGCGACCCUCAACGUGCCGAGCAAGCGCGGCAGCAGCGAACAGCUCCAAUUACGACGCCGAUGCCGACAGCCGCUCCCGCCUCAGCACCGGCUCCUACAAGCGCUGGUGGGACUGUCGGACUACCACUUCCAGUAACAGCUCCGCGACCCGAAGGUGCGACACCCAUCAUUAUUCCGUCCGAUCAGGAUAACCCGGUGCCUGCCGAGAUCGCUAGUCCACGUGCAUCUUUCGCCGCCAUCUAUAGCAGAUUCUACUUCUCGCUUGUUUUACUCAUGUUCUUCUCACUCUGGGCCAUGUCAUGGCCCCGGGGCCUGCGAUCGGGCUAUGCCAAUCUUCUGGUAUUCUGCUACUUCUCCUUCUGGUGGCCGCAGAUAUACCGUAACACGAUGCGUAACUGCCGUAAGGCUCUGAGCUGGGAAUACGUCGUGGGGACCAGCAUCCUUCGGGCAGUGCCCAUCCUUUACUGGUACUUCGAGGACCGAAACAUCCUUAACAUCGACACCAGUCCGACUACUGCGCUUGUACUACUGGCCUGGCUAUGGCUGCAGGUCGCGAUUCUUCUCAUCCAACACCUUCUCGGUCCGCGUCUUCUGGUCCGCAAUUCCUGGUGCCCGCCCGCCUAUGACUACCAUCCUCUCCUCCGUGAGGACGAGGUCGAGGCUGGAGGAAUGUCUAUUGGCCUGUUGGCCUCGGCAUCCGAAGCCAAAGACAAGGACGACAGGACACGAAAAGUGUUUGACUGCGCCAUCUGCAUGAAUGAGAUCGACGUUCCGGUCUUGUCAAAAGCAGAUCAUGCACUUGGUCGAGGCACGGGGACAGCCUGGUUGGAGCAGAGAAACUACAUGGUCACGCCGUGCAGGCACAUUUUCCAUGCCGAUUGUCUGGAGGGCUGGAUGAAUCUCAGGCUUGUUUGUCCUGUCUGUAGGGAAGCGCUGCCUCCGCUGUAG